GUCUUUAUUGGCUGAGCCCAAGGUUACGAGUGCUUUUCUGUCCGGCGUCGGAAUAGUUUCUUGCACUGUCUAGGGAGUGUAGUGAUAAUCUGUCACAGCGUUACGCUUUUGAUUUGAAAUGACCGAAUCAAAGAUAGACCUUGAUGCUCUGGGGAAGAAUCAGCUGAAGAAUGUUGCUACGGGGGAGGUGGUGGAGAUGUCGUCGCUGUGGGCGACCCAGCCCCUCGUCGCAGUCUUCUUUCGGCGCUGGGGGUGCAUCUUCUGCCGGCUGUGGGCUAAAGAGGUCAGCAAGAUUGCACCCCAACUCCAGAAGAACGGCGUCCGCCUCAUCGGGGUAGGUUCCGAGGACAUCGGCGUGCAAGAAUUCAGUGACGGGAAAUUCUUUGACGGAGAGCUUUUUGUCGAUGUCGAGAAGAAAACCUACAAGUUUCUGUCAUUCAAAAGGUUCUCCAUGUUCAGUGUUCUGGCCGCACUGUUCACGAGUGAAUCCAGAGCUGCUAUCGCAAAGGGCCGAGCGAUGAAGCUGGGAGGAGACCUGCGCGGCGACGGGCUGCAGAACGGCGGCGCCCUGGUGGUGGGGGCGGGCGGCUCGGGCGUGCUGUCCUACUUCAAGCAGGAGCGGCCGGCCGAGGUGCUGGACAACGCCACCAUCCUGGCCGCUCUGGGGCUGCAGCCGGAACCUGCGGGUGACACGGAAGAGAAGACAAAGGCGGAGUCUGCGAGCGACGGGACGAAGGUGCUGGAGGGCAAGUGCGAGAUGAACGGCGCAGCCGGCACUCCGGAGAAGCAGCAGGCUGCCAGUGCUGCCGAGUAGCUCUCCCUCCGGGAGGGUUUGUGACAAAACCAACUUUUACUCCUGUGUAUAUAUACGUAUAUCUUUCCACUGUGUCCCCUGUACCUGUCUGUGCGACACAAUUUCUCUGUCUAUUACUCGAUUCCGAUUUUUAUCAUUUUCCUGUGCGUAAACAUGCAAAAAUUCUGCAGUUCCGUCUCUAAAGAGCGUAUCGGAAGGUCGACAGUUCUCGGCGAACUUUGUGUGCGACUCGUUACGUUAAAUGGUUGCGUCUGUGUUUUUUCCCACCCACUUUAUGUGAAGGACUAGAAUUAUCGGUUGCCCUGAGAAAUGGGCAUUUCUGUCGGGGAAAGGGGUGUUGCGUCGCGGCUUGUGGCUACGGUCAGAUAUUAGCCGGAACUGUCUCGAGAGCGAGGCUCGGGUGUCGACCGUUAAAGCUGACGUCCUGUCGUCUGGUGGCUCUGCCGGCCUCGUUACACGCACACGCACGUACUGAGAGUUGGCUUAUUACUUCUAAAGUUAUCACUAAUGGUAAUUACUUAUUAAAUUGUCAUCUCUAAACCGAAUCUUAAUAAUUCUCUUCCAUAACGUGAUUAACUAUUAUCUCUAUACACACUGCUGUGAAUAAAUUUAAUGUUAUACUAUCUAAAAUGAACUGCUGCUUCACUUUCAUAAAAUAUAUUGCAAGUGGAAAAUACUGUAAUUACUUGCUCAGCAUGGUAAUAAAUUUAAUUGGACAUGAAAAUGUCACUUUUUCAGGAACAAGCAAUUUCAUAUUUUUGUAGCAUAGUACUUGCAUGUGGUAAUGUAAGGUCCUCAGUGGAAUAUAAAUGAAAUAAGGAAAUGUCCGCUGUGUGAGGUUUGAGUCAAAAAAAUGAGAAUGCUAGCUUUUAGAUAAAUUCUUCUUCAGGCAUUUGGUGUGUGUACAUGCGUGCAUGCGUGCAUGCCCUGUUGCUUUGAGGAAGAAUUUGUCCAAAACCUAUCAGUAUUGUGAAGCUUGUUUGUGUCUAUUGAUGACUUGCCAGCUCUACUAUUCAGCAAAUUGUUACUUUUAUUCCUUAAAUUAUUCACCAUACACUUUACUUUUACCUCUGUUGUUUGGUCAGAGUGAUAUCUUGCUAACAUAAUUAAUUUUCAGAACUAUAAUAUAAUUGGCUAGAUAAAAAGUCUACUCACAAAGUGGCAGCGGGAGAAAAGGCACACAAAAUUCGAGGAAAUGUGGACGUUUUUGAGGCCAGUAGCACCUUCUGCAAGAAGGGUGAAAGGUGCAGGAAGAGGAAUGAAGAAAAAGGACUGACAAGGUUUACAGAAUGUGGAGAGCUACUGAAGUCAUCUGGAACCCUGGUCAGAGCAGACGUACCACGAGGGAAUGAGAAGGAAAGACCGAUUGUCGGGGACUGCACCGGACGAGAUUCGAAAACCUGAGAGCGUAAUACAUCGACCGGCUUAUUUCCUAAACCUUGUCGGUCCUUUUCCUGCAUCCCUCAUCCUUCUUCUGCCAGAGGGAGCCACUAGCACACAAAGAUUGCACAUUUCCUUAACUUCUACACGUUUCAUCCUGCUGCCACCUGGUGAGUAGAUUUUUUAUCUAUCCAAUUAUAUUGUAAUGAAAAAAUUAAUUAUAUGAGAUGAGAUGAAUGACCAGGCAAAAGUCUUUUCGUCGGGUACCUCUGUGGGGACUUCUUGUGUCCCUAAUAUACCUCAGUUAUUCAACUGGGCAAAGGGGACGUACAGUUUAAUGUGGAAUCUGAACAAUUUGUUGUUCAGAGUGAACUCUCACCUUGUUUGAGACGUGAAGACUAGAUUAAAAGCAGACUGAAUUUCUGUUGUCUGACCGGGAUUUGAUGCGGCAACCUCCCGGUUUCCGAAUGUGCACUUCACCACUAGACCACGUGGCCUAUUCUCAGACCCAAAGUCUACCUUCAGAAUAAGCACUUAGCUCCCACAGGAGAGUCUGAAGUGCGGCUUGCUACCUUUUAAGAUUUAUCGUUAUGCGUCACAUCGAAGUCUGCUGUGGCCACAAAUUUAUGGGGACCUACUAUGUGCACAAUAUAACUUUUCCUUAUACCAAAAUACCCGGAAAAAAAUCCGUGAACAGCCUCUAAAAUUCUGUUGAAGUUCAGGUUCACACUAAGUUAAUUUUCAGUACGAGUCUUUCUACAGUGACAUUUGGGGAACAUCGAUGGUCCAUCAGUAAAAUGGCUAUCGGAACCAGAUGUUUAGAUAACUGCGCCCCUAACAGAUACCAAAUUUUGUAGUUCGUCUGUAACGUAGGAAUAAAGAACCUGAAGCUGGAGGGAUUUUCACUAGAGGACUGAAACAUACAAAGCAGAAGAUGCUGUGGGAGAAGCAGACAUCUGCUUACACAGGAUGUAAAACUUUUACUGUUUUGUUUACUUCUCAGUUGCCAGAGGCACGUCUUACGGUGUAUGUGGCAGUUUCUUGGAGUAACACGCAGGACAUUCAUCAUGUUUACACAUAGUGAAAAUGAGCCUAGUGAUUAUUACCAUUAUAUUCUUCAAGCUACGUUGUCAGUGUUUAGAUGUUAGAUGUGAAUUUGUAUUUUAUUUCAUAUACUAUCAGCAACUCUCUCAAAAUAGCAGAAUGUGAUAUACAUUUUCUUGUAUUAGCCUACUGGAAUUUUAUAUGUACAUUACUAAUGUUCCAUUAAUUUUGUCCAACUUUUUUGCUAAGCCACAACAGUGUCAAGGAUUUCGUUUGAGGUUAAGAGUAUCUGUUGUGGCAAUUUCUUCCACUAAGUGUUUUAGUUCGUUCAUCGGUCACAGUUUAAGUGUACUGCAGUUGAGACUGUCUAAACUCUGCUAGGUACUUACAUCACAAAAUGUGUGGGCACAAUUUGUAAAGCUCUUUUCGAAGCAUUUGUAUUCUUAUAUUGGGUAGUCUUUUUAAAAACACUGUUCGGAGGCAGUAAAAGGUAAAAGUGGGUCCCGUGUCGGGGAGCAGUUGUCUCGGCCAUUUGUAGCGAGCGUAAUGCAAAGUCUGAGAGUGAUAUUUAGAAUUUUGACAGACGCACACUAGGCUGCUCCUCGGACACACACUUUUGGAUGUGAAUACCUCCGUUUGCUCUUGAUAAGUGAAGACUGAUGAGUUUUUUUUACGGAUAUGUUUUAUAUUGCGGUGUUUCUGAAGCUUUGUUGUUAUAUACUUUUUAUACUGAUGUAGCUCUUUAGUUGCAUUUUCGCACUGUAUUAUGUCAUAUAUUCUUCCAAUAAAUGUCUUUCACAUGGA